CGCGGCGUCCCCGGGCGGGAGGGCGGAGCGGCGCAGAUCGCCGGGAGCAUGUGGACGCUCGGACCCCGCUGGGCUGCCGGCCUCGUGUCCCGCUCGGCGCUCCGGGGCUCGGCCCGGACCCGAGCUGGGACACUGCGGCCGGCGAGGAGCAUCGCACUGGGCGGCCGCCGACCCCUGCGCGGCGGGACCGCCGCGGCCUGCGCGCCCCGCCAGGCGGGUUUGAGCCUCUACUGCCUCAACCAGAUUCUCAGUGUCAAAAAGCAGAAUGUCUGUUUGAUGAACUUGAGGACAACAGGAAGUUUGGGCAACCCAGGCUCCUUGGAUGAGUCCACCUAUGAGCGGCUGGCCGAGGAGACCCUGGACGCCUUGGCAGAGUUUUUUGAAGACCUUGCAGACAAACCUUACACGUGCGAAGACUAUGACGUCUCCUUUGGGAGUGGUGUUUUAACAAUCAAACUGGGUGGAGAUUUAGGGACCUACGUGAUCAACAAGCAGACCCCGAACAAGCAAAUCUGGUUGUCUUCGCCAUCCAGUGGCCCCAAGCGCUACGACUGGACUGGGAAAAACUGGGUGUACUCCCACGACGGCGUGUCCCUCCACGAGCUGCUGGCCGCGGAGAUGACGAAAGCCUUCAAAACCGAACUGGACUUGUCUUCUCUGGCCUAUUCUGGAAAGGACCCUUGAUGCCCAGCCCCGUUGGAAAGACAGUGGAAGUUCCAAAGCCAAGACCCAGCUUCCUUCUGCAGCCGAAAGUCUAGUUUGUUCUGGUCCUGCUUUUGAGGGCAGUUGCAUUGUGGGUAACAGCUCUGGGAAAAGAAUAGGUCGCCUCUCACCCUACCUCUGACUUUGGAUGAUUAACUUCCAUAGCUUUUUUUGGACUUACUGUCUGAUUCCCUCCCUCACAUGAUAGCCUGCAUCUUUACAAUGCCUCUAUACCCAUGCCUAUACAUUUAACCUUGCAACAAAGAAAAAUAAUAAUAAGGAAAAAUUCUGAGAGGAGAAAUGAAUUGGCUUCACCAUUUGUUCUUUGAAGGACUUGGUGAAAAACUGCACGAAGAGUGGCUGGCUGAACUCACCAUUGUCUCAACACGAGACUCAUUAAAGAGGGCCUCUAAGUGUUCCCACGCCUCUUGAAAACAUAGACCCUUAAACAUAGCGGGCUGUUACUAUUGAAGUGUCCGUGGCAACUCGGGAAUUCUCAAACCGAAGACCAUUCUCUCUUUGUGCUUUGUGUCUGCUGGGGUGUAUGUAGCCUGCAAGGGGUGUCUCGGAGAUACGGUGCUGUUUUCCCCCCCAUAUAUACACAUAAGGGCGUCCCAAAAAAUAUAUACACACUUUGAAUAAUUAUUGAUCCCAGUGGGUUAAAUCUGAAAAGAAAGAAGCAUCAACUGAGGCUAUCAGCUGUUAAAGUGUGUACACAUUUUUUGGGUCACCCUGUAUAUGCACAUACACACAUUUAAUUAUGUUUGAGUGUAUGUAUUUUUUAAUUUUUUUUUUUUAAUUUUAGGGUCAGUAUAGAAUCAGCUGCUGCAGCACAGGCCUGCGAAUGCAAAAAAAAAAAGUCUUCUAAAGUCAAGAGAGGGAAAAGGCACCUCCAGAAGCUCAUAGAUGUUGAAUAAGUGAGGGAAAGGAGCCGAGGAGGCUCUUUGUAAAUGGAGGGCCCCCCAAAGGAGAAGUGUUUGUGUUCAUGCAAAGAAACCUGGCUUAUCCUUGGCUCAACCCAAAGUGCUGUUUGUCUCUGGGAAAGAUCCACGUACUGGCUGGACCUCUGUUUUCUUGCGUGUUAGGUAAGACAGUUGGGUUAGAUAGAGGAAUGGUGGGUUCCCAGUUCAUUUAGCCAGUAUUCUGGUCAGUAAACUUCACAGGCUAGCUCAAUGACCUCUGCUAGGUGAGGGGAUGACAGGAACCAUAUUUUUUAAGCUUUAGAAUAAAAUAUAUGAUUAUUAGAAUUACUUGAAUGUCCACUGAAUUCAUGUUCAAGUAAUAACCUUUAUUGUGCCCUUACUGUGCUAAUAUGCUAUAGACUGAAUGUUUUUGUUCCCCUAAAAUUCAUAUGUUGAAUCCUAGUCCCCAAAGUGAUGGUAUGAGGAGGUGGGGUCUUUUGGAGGUGAUUAUGUCUUACGGGGUGAGCCCUCAUGAAUGCAGUCAGUCCCCUUAUCAGAGAAGCCUCAGAGAGCGCCCUCCCCUUUCUACCAUCGGAGGACACAGCAGCCUGUGAACCAGACACUGAGUCUGCUGGGACCUUGACCUCAAACUUCCCAACCUCGAUAACUGUGAGAAAUAAAUUACGUUGCUUGUAAA